AUGUCCCGUCCACUGACCCUGUCGUCGGAAGACGAGUCCCAGUUUCAGCACAACUUUAACGUGCCUGCGGUGAAUUUGGCGGCGCUCCGCAAACAGAACAAAAAGCAAAAUGCCAAAACCAACUUGGUCAAGGCAAAGAAGAAGAUCACUGGAAACGCCAAUAAGGUCAAGUACCUGGGCGAGGACACCCCGUACAACAGAAACACCGUCAUGAGCACCUCCUCCCAGAACGCCAUGGACCUGUCGCUGUCGGACCUGGACCUGGUGCUGAUGUCCUCUUUGGCCAAGGCUCGCCAGGAGGAAGGUGCCCUGGAUCUUCCUAAUUUCGCCUUCAACAUGCCCCAGCACAGACAGAAUGACGAUAGCUCUGACGACGAUGAGAGUGAGGAUGAUGGCGACAACAACGCCAUGCCCUUGGAAAUCGCUGAUUCCUCCGAUGACGAAAAUGACGAGAACCCUCAGCAGUACAGAACCCACGGUGCCUCGCUGAACAGCUCACGCAAGAGCCACUCCCGUUCCGGGUCCCAGGAGGUCGACAUUGCCGACGUCCGCAGAACCUCCACCCACACGUCCCGAAACUCCAAAAAGAGCAGCUCCAUCAGGAACAUCUUCCGCAGACAACUGUUGCUAGACGAGGCCGAUAGCGCCGAUGCUCCUUCCAGAUCCGACACGUUCAUUGGACGCGUCCUAAAUAUGGGCGGUGGCGGUCUCAGUGGCGGUGGUUUGGCGCCUGGUGCCACCAAGGCUGGCGAAGACAGAGAUGUCGAUGCUGAAGAGGCCGUGGGCGGUGAAGGCGAGGACCACGCCAUUGAAAUGCAGAAUUUGAACUAUGCCGAGCUCAACGAGGCCGCUAAGGACUUGAUUGACAUCCAUGCCCCUGAGCUCAAGCAGCUGCAGCGCAUGAACAAGGUGGCUUUCCAAGAACCGGACGAAAAAGCUGACCUCACCGACGUGGAUCUUCAGGAAGGCUCCUCCUUGGACCACGAAAAGGAAGAAAAGGCCAAAGGUCACAGAAGACAAGCUACCAUCGACUCGGCCGAAAAUCCUUUCUACCAGCCUAACCCCGACUUGCUCAGAGCCGACCUUGAUGACGAUUUACAGGAUGACGAUCUUCUUCUAGCUGAGGGCGGUGGCGAUGACUACAUUGCUCCACCCAAGCAGGUGCAUGCUGGUGUGCUUUCAUCGCUUUUGAAGUUGUACCAGAACCCAGGCGCCAGCAAAUCGACACUUUCGUUUAACUCAUCCUCCAACACGAUGAUUGCUGAUGAACAAUUCGAAGACGGGGGCUACGGUUCCAAGAACGUCAGUCAGCAUGAUUUCACACAGCUCAAAAACAACAUCAAGCUGGGCCCCAAGAGAUUGGCUAACAAGUUCAAGAAGAAGUCGGAUCUGCAAAAGGGUGGCCGUGACUCCGACGAGGAAGACGAGGACGAAGAUGCCGCCAAGUUGCCAUCUUUCCAAAACGCCCGUCCUAAGGCACCCAAGAACCCUAGCACGAACCGUCUUGGAAAGAAGUUAAAGAAAAACAAGGACCAGAAGUUGCGUAUUACGGUCCACAUUGCAGACAUUUUGCAGAGACAGCGUUUCAUCAUCAGAAUGUGUCGUGCUCUCAUGAUGUAUGGUGCCCCUACUCAUAGAUUGGAGGAGUAUAUGGUUAUGACCAGUCGAGUGCUCGAAAUCGACGGUCAAUUCGUCUACUUCCCAGGUACCAUGCUUAUUGCAUUUGGUGACGCAGCCACCAGAACUUCCGAGGUGCAUUUGGUCAGAUGUGCCCAGGGUCUUAAUUUGUCCAAGCUUUCGGACACUCACAAGAUCUACAAAGACGUUAUUCAUGACUUGACCAGUGUCGAGGAAGCCACGAAGAAGCUCGAAGAUUUGUUGAGAAGAAGGAACCAGUACCCUCCAUGGAUGUCCGUGUUCCUUUAUGCCUUGGGUUCAGCAUGCGUUUGUACGUUCGGUUUCGGUGGAGGUUGGCUCGAUGUGCCCAUCUCAUUUGGUGUUGGCUCCAUCGUGGGCUACUUGCAAUUCUUUGUUUCUUCCAAGUCACAUUUGUACUCCUCGGUUUUUGAGGUUACAUCUUCUAUCGUUGUUUCCUUCGUUGCUCGUGGUAUCGGAUCUGCUAAUAGUGGUAACACUUUCUGCUUUGGUGCCAUUGCACAAGGGUCACUAGCGUUGAUUUUGCCGGGUUACAUUAUUUUGUGUGGCUCGUUAGAAUUGCAAUCCAAGAAUAUCGUUGCUGGUUCGGUCAGAAUGUUCUAUGCAAUUAUAUACUCGCUAUUUUUGGGUUUCGGUAUUACACUUGGUGCUGCGUUGUACGGUUGGGUCGAUCUGAAUGCCACAGAUCAGGCGCAGUGUUCCACAGAUCAUGAGAUCGACCAUAAAUGGAGAAUCUUGUUCGUGCCGCUUUUUACCACUUGUCUUGGUUUGAUCAACCAGGCUCGUUUCAGACAAUUGCCGGUGAUGCUUUUCAUCUCCUGUACCGCUUAUGUCGGUACGUACUUUGCGGGUAAGCAUUUCCAGAACGUUACGGAGUUCACUGCAGCCAUCGGUUCCUUCAUUAUCGGUAUUCUUGGUAACAUGUACUCUCGUGUCGGACGAGGAAUGGCGGUGAGUGCUAUGCUUCCAGCUAUCUUCGUGCAAGUGCCAUCUGGUAUCGCAUCCAAGAGUACGUUGUUGGCUGGUGUUGACACGGCCAAUCGUAUCACCAAUUCGAGCCGAAGUUCUGUUGGUGAUACAGAGACGACUUCUUCGUCGUUGAGUUUCGGUGCCACCAUGGUGGAGGUGUCGAUUGGUAUUUCUGUGGGUUUAUUCGCUGCCGCCUUGGUGGUGUACCCAUUUGGCAAGCGGAGAACUUCUCUCUUCACGCUUUAG